AUGAAUGGUGUGGAUGCCGGCCACACCUUCUGGAGCGGUCGCCCCAAAGAGCGACGCGACGCGGGCGUCACCUUUGCCCUCCGGAUCGACGCCGUGGGGCGGCUGCCCUGUCUGCUGCAGGGCAUCAACGAUCACCUGGUGAGCCUAUGCCUACCUCUAUGGGUGUCCAACUUUGCCACCAUCAUCGACGCCUACGCCUCAUCAAUGACCAGCUCAGACGAGGCCAAGGCCCCCGCGCCCUCCUGGCGUAUAUACCAGAGGAGGAUAAAUUGAUUGCCCAUGGUGACUUUAGUGCUCGUGUCGGGACAGACUUUGCUGCCUGGAGGAAGGUGCAGGGUACUCAAGGAAUCACCGGCUACAACGGCAAGGGUGUCCGUUUCCCGCAUGCCUACGCCAGUCACCACCAUUUGCCGAUGCGGAAGAAGGCCACCUGGAUGCAUCCCCAAUCACGGCGCUGA